UCAUGCUUCUGAGUAGGGGGAGAAUGCGAGGCGUCAUGCUCCAUAAAGCUGCUCUGAUACUCCGAGUUUAGUGUUACUCCAACACACUGUUUUCAGGACAGACUUUCUGGACACACACGCACACUGCGAGUGACUGCUUCUCGUUUGUCGAUUCCGCCGUUUUCAGUGCACAAUCACGGAUCUGGCCGGCAGCCUGGACACUAUGGUAGCCGAGGAGGCUCCUAGGGAGGCCGUGAGCAGGAAUGGGGAUCUUUCUCCUCAUCCUCUUCCUUCACUGGUGGAUUAGAGCGGCAGCAGGCAGCUGUGGGGCGCGAGGCGCGCGGUCGUGCGGCGAGUGCGUGCAGCUGGGACCGCAGUGCGCGUGGUGCUCUUUACAGAAUUUCACAGAUUCCUUAGCAGCGAGCGAGCGCUGCGCAACUCGUGAAGAGCUUCUUCUUCAGGGAUGUCCUCAAGAGUUCCUGCAGUUCCCGGUCAACACAGUAGAGCUGCUGGAUGACGGGCCGUUAGGGAAAAGCGCAGACCCCGAUAACGCGUCUUAUAUCGCACCACAGAGGAUGGCGCUCAAACUUCGGCCAGGAACCAAAGUGACCUUUCAAGUAAAAGUACAGCAAUCAGAAGACCAUCCGGUGGAUAUGUACUACCUGAUGGACCUCUCAGCCUCGAUGUUCGACGAUCUGAAGAGGAUCACACACCUCGGGUCGACGCUUUCCAGAGAAAUGGCUAGUCUCACGAGUAACUUUCGCCUGGGAUUCGGUUCGUUUGUGGAGAAGCCGGUUCUGCCCUAUAUUAAAAUUACUCCAGAGGAGCUGAAAAACCCCUGCUGGAGCGUCGAGCACGUUUGCCUGCCCACGUUCGGAUACAGGCACGUCCUGUCGCUAACGAGCAGCACAGAGCAGUUUAAUAAGAUCAUCUCGAAACAGCGCAUCUCAGCGAACAACGACAUUCCCGAGUGUGGCUUCGACGCCAUCAUGCAGGCGGCGGUGUGCGGGGACAAGAUCGGGUGGAGGAACGAUUCCAUGCGCUUGCUGGUUUUUGCGAGCGACGCCGAUUCUCAUUUCGGGAUGGACAGCAAAAUGGCCGGCAUCGUCAUCCCUAACGAUGGACAGUGCCACCUAGAUGCCAACAAUGAGUAUUCCAUGGCAGGUGAAAUGGAGUAUCCAACAUUAGGACAAAUAAUAGACAAGCUGGUGGAGAACAACAUCCUCCUCAUCUUCGCAGUGACCGAAAACCAGAGACAAACCUACACGAACUAUGCAAGUCUAAUUCCUGGUGCGACAGUGGGUGUGUUGGAAAGCGAUUCCCGGAACAUUCUCGAACUGAUCUUGACUGCGUACAAGGAGCUAAGGUCCGAAAUUGAGCUGGAGGUCCUGGGGGACACUGAAAAUCUCCAUAUCUCCUUUACAGCUCUCUGUCCAGAUGGUGCAGUCCAGCCAGGGCUUAAACACUGCACCAAUGUCAAAGUUGGAGACGUAGUGACCUUUAAUGUCACAGUGGAGCUGGACAGCUGCCUGGACGCGUCUCAUCAUUUCUCGCUGCGGCCCCUGGGCUUCCAGGACACCCUGGAGGUGGAGCUGGAGUCGGUGUGUGAGUGCGGCUGCCAGAAGUGGGCCGAGUUAAACAGCACGCACUGCAGUGAAGGACGAGGUGCGCUGGAGUGUGGAUCGUGUCUCUGCGCCCCUGGGUUUGUAGGUACGAGGUGCGAGUGUGAAGAGGACAAAGUGCAAGUCAGUGACUGCAGGGCUUCCGACAGCAAAGAGGUGUGCAGCGGACAGGGCGAGUGCUUCUGCGGCCAGUGCGUGUGUUACAUGUCCGAGUUUGGGCUUGUGUAUGGAAAAUACUGCGAGUGCAUGGACUUCUCAUGCGUCAGAUUCCGAGGGAAGCUGUGUGGAGGUAACGGACAAUGCGACUGUGGCGAGUGUGUGUGCCAUGAGGGUUGGACAGGCGAGUAUUGCAACUGCAGCACCAGUGCACACACGUGCGAGGCAGCGGACGGCUCGGUCUGCAGCGGCCGUGGGAAGUGUGUGUGCGGGAAGUGCGAGUGUUCUGUCCCUGGAGCUUCAGGGGACAAGUGUGAGAAGUGUGCGACCUGUGGAGACGUUUGUAGCUCAACCAGGUCUUGCGUGGAGUGUCAUCUAAAAACCGAUGAACCCUCAGACGAGUGCAUCCGUAGAUGUAGCACGGUUUACACCACUAUCACCAACUCUACAGACUUUGACGAGAGCCACGCGGUGAUGUGUGCUCUCCGCAGCGAGAACGAGUGCCUGAUCUCUUUCACGUUAGUGGGCGGUGAAAAGGGAAGCACCGUGUACAAGCUCAGGCUUGAUUGUCCCAAGCCUCUAAAUAUCGCUCUGAUCGCUCUGGGUGUCUGUAUGUCCGUCCUCACUAUCGGCAUCACACUCGCGGUGGUUUGGAAGCUUUUCAUUUAUGUACACGACCAGAAAGAGGUCGCCAAGUUUGAGGCGGAGAGAGCGAAAGCAAAGUGGCAAUCAGGCACGAACCCUCUCUUCAGGAGCUCGACAUCAACGUUCAAGAACGUGGCAUACAAACACGCGACGGAGAGGAGAGCGAGAAAUGAGAUCUGCUGACCAGAUUGAGGAAAAAAACGCUUUUAAUAUACCGACUGUAAAGAUUUUUUUCAUGUGUGUGCGUGUGUAUAGUUUGAGCGACUGUUUUUAUUUUCCUGUAGUAUUUUCUCAAAAAAAAAAAAACAGGCUGUGGGAUAUAUUUUAUUCUAUUUAUCAAUUUGCUGCUAAAUCACCGCAAAUCCAGGACAACAAACGCAAACACUCGAUUCCGAAAGGAAAAAUGAUGUACGGGGAAACUAAUGAUUUAAUUUAUUCCUGAUUUAUUCUGAGGAAUCAGCAGUCAUUGCACAUUUUAUUGAUUAUAAUCGCCGUUUUUUUAUUGCUCGCUAGCAAGACUUUACGGAGAGUUCUUUCGUAAGGUAGGGAGGCGUACGCGAUUUUUAUGAUUGUGUUGUUUUUUUUUGCCGCCAUCUUUUUUUGGGAGGAAAAUAAAAUGCUGAUUUUAUACCAUUUCAGGUUUAGGAGCUGCAACGUGAUUGUCAGAUGUUCAGGGUUUUUAAUGGUUUGACUGGAAUUUGUUCUGUGCUUAUGCUAAUUGCUGUACGUCGAUACACUGGACAUGUCGGGUUUAGCAUUUUACGACAAAAUGUUUCAGGUUGAUAUUUUUUGAGACCCUUUCGUUUCCAUGCGUAAACUCGCUCUAUCAGAAGUACUCUAAGAGAAGGUAUUAGCAGACUGCCUCAACCCCACAUGGAGGUGGAAGCGUAAUGGUUUGGGGAUGUUUCGAAACAAGGAAGGUUGGACACUUAUUCUGGAAAGUGAAAGGAAUCCUGAGCCAACAUGCCUCCCAUUCCAUACAUCAACAACAUGCAAUUCCAUCUGGACUCAAGGCAUAUUUCCAAGCUCUCAGCAUUAUUUAGAGUCGUCUGGAGUGAUGUUUAUCAUGAAACGGUUUGCCCAGUCAGCGCACCUAAAUCCUACCGAACUGCUCUGAGAGGAUCAAGAAAUCUCCAACUAGUGAAGAACAUUUCUGGCAAGUUUUAAGUAUUUCAGCUGAACGGUUGGAGGAACGAACUGAGUGUGUAAAGCUGUUCUUCAUGAUUUUUUUUCCCAAUGAAAACAAAGUGUGUACAUGUACAUCUGUCCUUUUUUGGUGGAUUAAAACAAAAGGAACAUGUAUACGUCUCUCAAAAACCUUGCUGUUUCCAUACCUUCGCCAGCGCUCUAUUGUGUGUGUGUGUGUGUGUGUGUGUGUGUGUGUGUGUGUGUGUGAGAGUGUGUUUACAACGUUGUCUCCUAUAUGAUCGACUACACUGAGGCUGAGCCUUAUGCUGUAUUAAUGUCCUAAGUUAAAUGUUCAACGUCGAAUAAAGUUGGAUUUUUGCUGGCAAA